AUGAGCCUGCCCAAUAUCCCAACGAAAAGUACAAAGUCGCCCGAUUUGCCCGGCUUCCCCUCACCCGAAGACGGUGGUGGUGCAAAAGCUUUCGAGCCUUCUUGCCCGAGCGAGGGAAUAUGGUAUGCCUGUGCCCAAGGCUCCGGCUCCCAAUUCGCAGGAUGCUGUACACAGGAAGCAUGCGACGGAAAUGGCUGUCCGCUUGGGGCCCUCCAGCCAGCGACAUUCAAUCCAGCAUACUUUGCGAGCUUCAAAGACUUGGGUUGUCCUUCCGACAGCCAGUUUUACACUUGCAAUGCGACCACCCCCCCAUUUUGGGGGUGCUGCAAGUCUGAUCCGUGUGUACAAGGACAUUGUCCGAGCGGUGAUCUCCGAGCGGCGUAUUUUGCUACACCGGAAGAGUUCUCCGAAUAUUCUGCUACUGGCGGACCGUCAUCCGCCGUAGCUACGUCAACAUCCAGUCCUAACUCUUCUGCAAAAGUAUCCGUAGAAGCGUCAAGCGCAAGCACAUCCAUCAGCUCCUCAUCAUCUAGCUCCGCAUCGGCAAGCUCCGGCUCUAUCACCAAUGCUUUGACAGCACCGACAAGCGUUCCGACGGUGGUAGUCACAAGCCAUAAGAGUAACACGGGCGCUAUAGCAGGUGGAGCGGCUGGUGGUGUAGCAGUCCUUGCCAUCAUCAUUGGUCUAGUCAUCUACUUCGCUAGACACGCAAAGAAAUCCCGCAAAGAGAGCAACAACACCCUCCAAACACGGCUAUCUUUCCCUCCUGGCGCUGGGCAACCUGAUAUCAUUGAAACUCCUAAGUCGAGUAAUCCACAAGAUUCCAUCCCUCCAGCCUACACCUCCCCCGCCCCGUCUUACCAAAAAUACCACCAUGCCGCAUCACCAAAGCCGACUGCUUACGAACUGCCGUCUAAUCCCGCGAUGUCCCCCGGAUUAUACAGCCCAACGGCAUCUUCGCCUCUAUCACAAGGCGAUGGCCUGUCUCGAAAAGGGGUUUCACCUACUGGAGGUACCCCGAGCGAUCCUUUUAUGCCUCAUAGGCUCUCAGAAGCCCCGGGUGAUGUCAAGUAUCCGGUUGAAUUGGAUAGUGCACAUCACAUUCCCACCGCCCAGACGCCUCAGAGUCCAUCGAGUGUGAGGUCGAGCGGUGCGAAUUGGACGGGUCAUGCGUGGCAGUCUGGACCGGACCGAGGGCUUGCGAUCAAGGAGGUAGAUGAGGGCCAGAAGACGGGAGGACCUGGUCCAGCGAAUGAGGGGACAUGAUUGUGCGAAUGAAGUAAUGUUUGCAUUGUCAAUUUGUUCUCAUUAUGUAGUUUCUUAGAUAGUCUUCAGAAUGAUACUGAACGCAACGAACUCCUAGCUACGAAAGUCGCGAUA